GAGGAACAACAGUCUGAGGCUGCUGCAGAUCCAAUGUCUUCCUCUGAUGCACCAGAAGAUGGCCCAAAGGAAACAUCAAGUGUAUCGCAGAAUAUCACUGAUGCAGAUGCAUUUAAAAUUCUCCUGGAGAUGAAGAUAAAGAAGAGGCAGAAAAAGCCUACUUUACCAAGCACUGUGACUGAGCUUGACACCGAGGAUGGUUCUAAAGUGUAUGUGGUUGGAACAGCCCACUUCAGUGACAGCAGCAAAAAGGAUGUAGUAAAGACAAUACAAGAUGUGCAGCCUGAUGUAGUUGUGGUGGAACUAUGCCAGUACAGAGUUUCUAUGUUAAAGAUGGAUGAGAAAACAUUACUGAAAGAAGCCAAAGAAAUAAAUCUGGAAAAACUUCAACAAGCAAUAAAGCAGAAUGGAGUCAUGUCUGGAUUGAUGCAAAUGCUGCUUUUGAAGGUCUCAGCUCACAUCACAGAACAGCUGGGAAUGGCCCCAGGAGGAGAAUUCAGAGAGGCUUUCAAAGAGGCCAGUAAAGUACCUUUCUGUAAAUUCCAUCUUGGAGACCGACCCAUCCCUGUUACAUUUAAGAGAGCAAUCGCUGCACUUUCUUUCUGGCAAAAAGUCAAGCUUGCCUGGGGCCUUUGCUUCUUAUCUGACCCAAUCAGUAAAGAUGAUGUGGAGAAAUGCAAACAGAAGGAUUUACUGGAGCAGAUGAUGGCAGAAAUGAUUGGAGAAUUCCCUGAUCUUCAUCGAACGAUUGUCUCUGAACGAGAUAUUUACUUGACCUACAUGCUGAAGCAAGCAGCAAAGCAGAUAGAACUACCUCGAGCUUCAGAAA